ACGUUGAAGCUCCCAACACAAGUAACACUCAGAGCUUUUCUGAAGAUUGCCUGUUGAAAGAUGCCGAUGAACAUGCCUCCGACGAUGGAGGAGCGCGAGGCCGAGCUUGCCGCGCUGCAAUCCGCGUUCGACGAGUAUAUUGCAAGCUCUAGAGAGCUCGAAGAAGAAUUGGAUGCUGAAUUGGCUAAGAUGCGUAAGUCUGUUAGAGCUCUUUCAAAGAUGCGCGAAGAUUUGUGAAAAAAUAAUUGAUUUGGUGAAUGCUUCAUCUUUUUAUGAUGUAGCGGCUUGGUAGGAAGCGACUAACUCGGCCCUAUGAUUCCGUCUGUUUGCUCUAUUGUAGAGGAGAAGCUUGCCGAUUCUUCCGCGGCGAAUGCUGCUCUCUCCGGACAACUCGAAAACAUUGCUCCGCAAUUGGCAAGUCUAGAAAAGGCACUGAGCGAUAGUCGGGCCAAGCUCAAAGUGGAACAAAAGCUGCGUCGUCAAGCUGAACAAGACCAAGACGAGCUCGAAGCGAAAUAUCGUGAGGUCGAAGGAAAUCUUAUGGCCAUUCGAGAUGAAUGUGACGCCGUGCACGAAGAAUUGGCUUUCAAGGAAAGCGAGCUGGAGGAAACCCGAUUGGAAUUGGAGAUUGAGCGAGAACGACACGCUGUUGAGUUAGAGGAUGUCAGAGCAGAAUCGGCUAUUGAUAACGCCUUUGAUCCAUCGGGUGAAGCGAAAGCAAAGCCAGCUGCGACCCCAGCACCAGCUAGUGAUGUUGAUGAAGCUUACGUCAAGAAACUCGAAGAUGAACUCGAAUUGGUGACGGAGCAACUCAUCGAAACUGAGGCACUGCUGUCACAAACAGAAGGAAAACUUAAGAACUCGGAGGCUGCAAAGGCGACAACGUCUGAAGUCGAAAAAUUGCUGGCAGAAGGUGUUGAGGCUUCCGAAAAGGACAAGAAACUCAUUCAAGUGCUCCAGGAAGAUAAUGCAACUAGAUUGGAAGAGGAACAUAGACUUCGAGAGGAACUUGAGUUGACGAAAGAAGAACUCAUGUUGACACAAGAGGAAUUGAAGGCUGUUGAAUACGAUGCCCAAGAAGUCAGUAGUAGACUUGAUGAUUUGAGGGCACAGCAUCGUCAAGAAAUUAAUAAUCUAAAGAGUAUAACUGAAGGCAAUGCCAACGCAUCCAAGGUUGUUGGAAGAAUGGUGGCAGCUAGCGAAGAAACAGAUGCACUGAAGGACGAAAUUUCUAGUUUGAAUGCAGCCUUGAAGAACGCGAAGAAAGAUCGCGAUGCGAUUGUGGAGGAAUUAGAAGCCGUUAACGAACGAUUCGACGAGGCUCGUAAAGAGGCAGAAAAGCGAGGAAGGGAUAUUGCGUCUUCAGAUAUUAAGGCACAACUUACUAAGGAGCGAGAAGGAGAAAUUUCAGGUCUCAAGGAUCAGCUCAAGGCAUUGACUGAAGAAAAUUCAGCCCUUCAAAAGAAAGUGGAUGAUGCCGAAAUGUCAAUGGCAAUUACGAAGGAUUCUCAAACUCGAAAUCAAGAAGGGGUUGAAGUCCAGAGUGAAUUGGUCAAGCAAUUGCAAUCACAACUGAGCCGAUCCAAGGAAGAAUUGUCCAAGAAAGAAAAGGAGAUGGCUGUCUUGGUAACUGGCAUGGAAGAUCGUGUUGCCAAUGCGGAGGAUAACGUAACAAAGCUCGAACAAGAGCUUUCAGCAACGAAGGGAAAACUUGCCGAGGCAGAAGCCAACCUAAUUGUUUCCAAGAGAGAAAAGGAAGUCGCUCAGUCUCGUGAUCUCACUCGAGAACCUUCGCGUAGAAAGAUGCGUACUGGUGGUUCGUCAAGAUCUGCAUCUUCUUCUGUAUACCACCCUGACCUUGUUAGUAUGGACGAGAAGCAAAAGGUGAAGAAAUCGCGCAGAAUCCGAUCUAACUCGCCCAACGCGCUCAAGAGGUUGGAGUUGAAGUUGUCGGAAGAGAAAAAGAAAUAUGCAGAACUCGAAAAGGAUUUCGACAAGCUCCAAGAGCAGCAAAGAAUGGGAGAAGCUCAUGUCAAAAAACUGGACGAAGACAUCAAGGUUCUCCAAAAACAGCUGUAUGCGAAAGGAGAAACCGGUGUUUCUACCAACAUGUCGCGGCUCACCGCAAUUGGAGGUUCCUCCCAAGGUGCAGACCUUUUGUCUGAUGAUACAGCGUCGAAGAUUGAUGAACUUAUUUCGCAAGGAGAUCCUUCUGCCAUGGGAGAGGAACUGCGCACACUUCAAAAACGAUGCAAUGCUCAACGUGACUACAACAACCAGUUACUAUCGAAAAUGCUGAAUCUACAAGGUAAUAUUCAAGUAUUUUGCCGUAUCAGACCAACUAGUAUCAAGGAAAUUCAAAACGGGAAUAAAAAUGUUGUUGAAUCACUUAGUGAAACGGAACUGGGUUGUUUCGAUGAGCGAACUAACAAGUGGAAGAGCUUUGGAUUUGAUCGCGUAUGGGGACCAGACCAGAGUCAACGAGAUAUUUUCCAAGAUGUGGAGCCAAUUGCUUUGUCUGUGGUCGAUGGUUUCAACGCUUGUAUUUUUGCUUACGGUCAAACAGGAAGUGGAAAAACUUAUACAAUGGAGGGAGUUGCUCAGAACAACCAACGAGGUAUUAGUUUCCGUACUAUUCAAAAGGUUUUCCAUUUGUUGCACCUCAAACAACAACAGGAAAAAACAAAUGCUAUCCUAUUCAAGUCGCAAGAAGAGCGGGAAGAAGAGCCUGCCAACUUUGUCUUCAACGUUGAAAUUGGUAUGGUGAGUUACUUUUUUUGUGUGGUUUUCUUUUUUCCAACGUUUUUGAACAUGAAUUCUCACUCUUUUUGACUUGUAGCUUGAGAUCUAUAACGAUGAAUGUUACGAUUUGCUAGGAGCCAGUGGUGCAACUUUGGCAGAGAAGAAAUUGGAGGCACAAAAAGCCGGUGGAAAGGCAUCGUUAGAAAUUCGUAGAAACAAGGAAGGUCGUAUUGAAGUUCCAAAUCUUACGAAGGAGCCAGUCAAUAACAUCGAGGAUGUUUUCGAGUUGCUUGCGAAGGGCAACAAGAAUCGUGCGGUCGCUUCCACCAGUCUUAACCAAACUAGUAGUCGUUCGCACAUGGUUCUUUGGGUAGACGUGACUUCUGGGUUCGAAGGUCAGGAUGGUAACAAGGGCACCUUGUUCUUAGUCGAUCUUGCCGGUUCAGAGCGUGUGAAGAAGAGUGAGGUCGAAGGAGAACACAUGAAAGAAGCCGGACACAUCAACAAGAGUCUCUCGGCUCUUGGUAACGUGAUGGAAGCGCUCGAUCGUAAGGCAUCUCACAUUCCUUACCGUGACAGUAAACUCACGUAUCUGCUACAGGAUUCCUUGGGUGGAAACUCUAGGACUAUGAUGAUUGUUGCGGUAACUCCUGUCGAUUUGGCAUACGAUGAAUCCAUCCACGCAUUGCAAUUUGCAACCCGUGUCCGCCGUAUCAAUAUUGGAGCUGCCCAGCGAAAUGUUACGUCAAAGAAUCUCGAAGAGACUGUCAAGGCAUUGACUGACGAGAUGAAGACGCUUACACGACAAAAAAAGAAGACGGAAAGCCAAUUGCAUACGUUGAAAAAGGAUAAUAGUCGUAUCCAAGACAAACUGUCCAACAUUAGUGCCGCUCGAAAAGCACAAGCUAGCGAUAGUAAAACGCUCGAGGUACUACGCAAGAACAACAACGAGAUGGCAAAACGUUGGGAGAAAGAGAAGAACGCAAGAGAAGAGGUUGCGGACGAACUAGAAAAGUCUAGAAAGGAGAUGAGGAAACUGCAAAAGGAUGUCACUUCCUUGUCGAGAGCGCAGGAGUCUUUGCAACAGAAGUUGGAGGACAAAGACAAAAUGUUGGAGAAAAAGACUGCCGAACUUCGAGCUGCAAAAGAAGCUUCUUCUGCCGCCAACCUUCGUGCGCGCAAAGCACAGGUUCUUGGAUCUCGUCGCCCUUCGACCGCGAGACCCUCACCUGCGAAGACUGCCGGAUCGGCAUCCGUAUCGACCGGUGCUAGUUCGAGUGUGACAAGUGCUUCUUCUACGGUGGCUACCGAAGAAGUUGCCGAAAUCCGCGGGCAGGUGCUUGCGCUUUUGGAAAAAUACGACAAGGCGAAGGUCAAUCGCAUCGACAUCAUCAUGGAGAAGUUCAGAGGGAAGGAACAUCUGUUGCUGGAAAAGAUGACUCAACGCUACGAGAAUUCUGGCGGUGCAAGUGACGCAGACGAGAGUGGCUUGAGCCGAAGCGAACUUGCCGCCAAACGUCACGCAGAACGCAUGCGCAAGUUGCGUGAGGGCAAGAAAUAAAGAAAUGCGAUCCAAUCAAGAUGGUUAUUUGAAUAAAAAGAAAUAAUAACC